AUUAAUGAUAAAGAAGCUUAUUGUUCAUGGAGGAACUUCAGAGAAAAUUAAGCCAACGACAAGAAGAAAGGUCUCGUAAAGUGAGGUUUAAAAUUUCAUCAGCAUACAGUGGAAGGGUUUUGAAGCAGGUGUUUGAAGAUGGCCAUGAACUGGAGUCUCCAGAAGAAGAAUAUCCUCAUAGUUUUGUACAUGAAUGCUUUGAACACUCUGAGCAAUAUUACAGCACGAGAGAGGUCCAUCCACAGUUCUAUCCAACUACCCGACUGACAGCCAAAAGAAUAAGUGUCUUCAGGGACGGUACCACAUAUAGAUUGUCAGGUGACCCAGUAUUUUCGGAGGGCCAUGGAAUUAACCAGACUGUAAGUAAAAAAAUAUAAAAGAUAUAACCUUACUUUUUUCAUCAAUUCCCACAGUAUAAUUCUACCAUGCCUUGACAACAUUUUUGCUGA